AUGAUGAGCGCCGGCGCCGGCGGUCCCGAGUGGCCGUCGAACAGAGAAAACGACCCUGUUGGAGACGAGUCCGCCGUCCCUUUAACAAGCGGCUGUACAGAAGCUGGUACUGAGAACGAAGCUAGUGUUUCACUCUUUGGUGCCGACAAUUCAACUGACACAAGGGUUUCCGAUAAUGUGAAUGAAUUUGGGGUUUUGAAGUUCGAAAAUGAUGAAACUAGUCCGGACGAUGCAAGUGGAGGAGCUUUGGAGAAUCAGCACAGUCAUUCUGUUUCGAGAAAAAAUGGUAAUGGCGAGGAGAGUACUGACGCACGCGAUGGCAAGUAUGCGGGUAAGAAAGCAAAAGGUGCAGUUGCCGAUUACGAUUUGAUUUUGUCUGAGUUUGAUCACUUUGCUGCUAAAGGGUCUUCUGAAGCUGUUGGAGUUGGAUAUGAAAUUGGGGAUAUGGUGUGGGGCAAGGUGAAAUCCCAUCCAUGGUGGCCUGGUCACAUUUACGAUGAGGCAUUGGCUUCUCAUUCUGUUCAGAGAAGCAAGCGGGAGGGCCAUGUGUUGGUAGCGUUUUAUGGAGACAGUAGCUACGGGUGGUUCGAACUAGAAGAGCUAGUUCCGUUUGAAGAGAACUUUGCUGAGAAAUCCUGGCAAACUUCUUCGCGAGCUUUUGUUAAGGCAGUGGAAGAGGCCGUGGACGAUUUGUCACGAAGAAGGGGCCUUGGUUUGGCCUGCCGGUGUAGAAAUGAGUUCAACUUCGGACCUUCGAAGAAGGAGGGCUACUUUGUUGUAGAUGUCGGGGAUUCUGAACCUGGGGUUUUCUCUUUGCGUCAGAUAAAAAAAGCAAGAGACGAUUUUCGGCCAAAGAAAAUGCUUUCUUAUGUCCUACAAAUGGCCUUGACACCCAUGACUGACCAGCAUUGGACAAUUGAUUUUAUCAAGAACAAGUCCACAGUCUUAGCCUGCAGGAAAGCACUUUUUGAGGAGUUUGAUGAAACAUAUGCACAGGCCUUUGGAAGUGUACCAGAGCGCCCUACUCGACCCACUAGACCAAUAGCUGUGGAUCCAUCUAAAGUAAGUAUGGAAAAAUGUAUUGGAUACUACGAAAGGGAAAACUGGAAGAGUGCACUUUACUGCUUUGAGGGUCACAUGACUAUGCAUGAGUAUUGUGGAUGUGGAGCUGCUGACGCUCCUUUGAGUGGCCGACUGGUGUUUGCCGACACGCUUGGCAAGGAUAAACAACAAUUCAUAAAACCAUCUAAAACGAAGGACCAACUGGAGAAAGACAAAUACCUUUUUGUUCGACGGGAUGCGCCAGUUCACGUGAACAGCAAAAAAACAAGUUUUUCGGUCCAAUCAGAAACCGGUGGUGUCAAACCUUUUGAAGGGCCCAGAAAAUCGGUAGGUGUACAGAUUAACACCAAGCGCCAAAUCGGGGAAUUGAGUGAAGCAAAUGUAACGGUGAAACAGAAGAAGAAGAAGAAGAGAAAAAUCGAAAUACAAAAGGUAGGCAGUGCGAAAAUUGUACGAACACCUCUUGCUACUAACAGUGACAGUAAAGGAGCGGUGGAAAAAGUUUCCUCAGAAAAAAUACUCGAUGACAGAAAGAAGGAUUUUGCCGUCAAUUCCUCCAUAUCUCCUUCGGAAGCACAGAAAUCCGCCAUCGACCUUCCGUUUCUAGUGCGUGAGCUGCGAACUCUUGCUCUCGACUCCAGACACGGAGCCGAGAGGGAUAGCUCAUCGUCAAUCCUCUCAGUCUUUCUAAAAUACCGAUCUCUCGUGUUCAAGAAGAGCUUGGCUUCGCUGCCUCGAACCGCGAACGAGACCAUCGAAGCUCCUCACGCCACCACUCAACAACCUCCUUUUCAUGGUCCUAUCGAUAAUAAAACCAACGAUAAAAUGAUCACGAAGCUUGCACGACCUUCUCCGAGACCUAUCGAUGAUCCAACAAAAGGCGGAAAGAAGCGGGACCCGUCCGAACGUCCGGUAACCAUAAAGAACAGCAACAACAACAUCAAAAGGAUGAAAAUCUCCGGCGGCUCGGAAGAUAUCGAGAGGAAAACGAUCAAGAAGAGAAUAAUAAUAACAACAGAUGACUCUAAAUUCCACACGAAGGAGACUGUUGCAAGAAAUUUUCCACCGAAAGUGAUGAAAGUCGAGUCGAAAAAGAGGGCAGGUGAGUCGAAGACGAACUCGAACUCGAACUCGAAUCCGACCAUGCUCGUCAUGAGGUUCCCUGCAGGUUCAGCCCUUCCGUCGGGCCCGCAGCUGAGAGCCAAAUUCGCCCGUUUCGGCCCGCUCGACCUCGACGCCACUCGAGUCUUCUGGAAGACCUACACUUGCCGACUGGUCUAUAGGCGGCGGGCAGAUGCAGAAGAUGCGCUCGAUUUUGCCUUGGGAAGCGAAAACUUGUUCGGGAGCACAAAUGUGAGGUGCCACGUCAAGGAGGUUGGGAUCGAGCCGCCUGCAGAGCCCGAGCCACCUGUCAGGGUCAAGAAGGAAGGUGGAGCCCAACGGGCCACCGCAGCUGAGAAAUCAAUACAGCCCAAAUCGAUCUUGAAGAAGGUGGUGUCGGGUGACGAGGGCAAAAUCGGUAUUAAUGGAAGUAGCAAAGGUACACGUGUAAAGUUUGUUCUUAGUGGCAAGGCUCAGGAACAACAGCUUACUAGUUUACCUGUGGGUUCAUCAUCAUCUCAUAUUAACAAUAACUCACAUUCAUCCAUGGAUUGUGCUUCUUCUUCAUCUUCUUCUGGUGAUAAAAAUUGGCCCAAAUUUUUACCAAAUUCGCAGACCGUUGUUACUCGUCAGUUUGAAAAUUUCGCGAUGAAUGUGAUUAGUGGCGAGCCUCUAUCCAACAACACGUCUCUCGAUAAACCUCCUCCACCGAGUAGAGAUAUUUCGCAACAGCUUCUCGAUUUAAUGGCUAAGUGUAGUGAUGCGGUGAAUCUUGUGUCGGGAGUAUUGGGGUAUAUGCCGUACCACACUCUUUAG